AUGUCUGAAGACGAUAUUAGAGCUAAACGUCUUGCCAAAUUGGCCAGUAGUACGCCAUCAAAACAAUCCAAUUCUAGUGAUUCCACGGUGCCUUCUUCUACAGAACCUCCUACUAAAAAAGCAACAUCUGCUACUAAAGUGCCUUCUGCUACUAAAGUGCCUUCUGCUCCUACUGUGUCUACUCCUUCAAAGAAUGUCUCCCCCAGAACCCAACCCAAAGUCGAACUCCAUUGGCCCUCAGAAAUGGUCAAAAUGGUGUUUGGUGCAACAUACGAACCUCCUGAAGGUUCAGGCUUGAUCGAAUUGUCAUCUCCGACAAAUUCCAUUGAAUUGACUCUGUUUUCCAAGAACAACAUAGAGGAACUCUUUAUGGAGAUCUUGAUGCUGAUGCUGAUUCCUGAGUCUUAUAAAUGUACCAUUGAAUACUUGACUUUUGUCUAUGACAACGCCGUCCGUGAACAUCACAAGUUGAACAAGAAAGAUGUCCACUAUCAACUGAAAGCCACGGCCUUGUCAAAUGUGCGUGAAUUGGCUGUAUCCUAUGGUCUGUUAGGUAUCAUGGAUGAAUCUAUGUUUGAUCGUAACAAUUUGUUAGAUACAGUCAUGUAUUUAACCCGAACUUGCAAUGAUACCACUGGACCAUUUAUAAUGGAGUCAAUUGAGUAUGUAAUUUCCGAAAACAUCCUCUUGGAUUAUCUCAACAAACUAGUACCACAAUUGUCUAAAGCUUUAAGUGUCGUCAACCUUACGAUGAAGGAGUACAAUCAAAUGUUGACGUUUUACGAAAUGUUGGUAUCGGUGAAAGCAAUUGCAGCUAUUUACUCUCAAAUCGACGGGUUCUUCCCAUCUGAAUUGGAAGAAGGUUUAGAAUAUCAGAAUGCCUCCUUAUUGGGCGCAAUAUUAAAAUUAUCUCCAAUGGAUAGAAUAGUGGCUACUAAUUACUUUGGUUCGCCUACAAUGACAAAGAAUGAAAUCAAAUCAAUAUCUGAAGGUAUUCAAAAUGAGUACAAUGUUUUGAUAGACAGAUUAUUCUCUCUUGUGAAUAAGUUGGUUAGAGGAUCCUCCCAAACAAGAAAUGAUGUCAUGAAAUGGUUUGCUUCUCUCGUUAAUGUAUCUCAUUUAAGAAAGGGUAGUCAUGCCAACCCUAAUAAGUUGGCUUCUGAUGGUAUUAUGAUGAAUAUCACAGUUAUUUUGGUCAGAUUAUCAGCCCCAUUUCUUGAUUUCCCAGGUUAUCUGAAAAUUGAUAAGAUUGACCCCAAUUAUUUUGCUAAAAGUGACCUUUUGGACGUUUCUGAAGAAGCAAGAAUUAAUUCUUCUUCAAAUGAAGCAAACACUUAUUAUGAAAAUCUAGGAUUAUCUGGAGAACUGGUGAAUUUCAUUUCUGAUUGCUUUUAUCUCACCUUAACCUAUUUGCAUUAUGGACUUGGUGGGAUUGCAAAUUUCUAUGAUAGAAAUUCAAGGCAAAUCGAUCAAAUAAAUGAACAAAUUAUGGCUCUUAAUCAACUGCUGCAAAAUGCUAUUAACCUUAACCCCAGACAUGCAGCUGAGAUUAAACAACUUACAACAUUUUUAGCUAUUACGAGUGCAACAAAGCAUGUGACAACUGCCUUAUUUGAUUCCCGCAAGUUACAUUUGGAGAUCUUUGACUUUGCUGUUGGAGCCACCACAUUCUUCACUCGUUUGAUCGAUCCAGCUCAUCAAUAUCCAUCAUCUAAAAUUUCCAUACCCAUUUUUAAGAUUUCCAAAGUUGCUGAAUUAGAUGACCAUGAUUUCCUUAUGACCAAAUCACCUGAACCAUGGAAAUAUUUACCAGAAUACUUUAUUGAUGGUAUAGUUCAAUAUUGUCGGUUCUUAUCUCGUUUUAGAGGUAGUCCAAUGAUUUUCAAUGAAGACCGAUUGACUCCGCUUGUUGAGUUUAUUGUGAUCCUUUUGCGUUGUCCUGAAUUAGUAGGCAACCCACAUUUAAAGGCUAAUUUAAUUGAUAUUUUGUCCUAUGGUACUAUGCCUAUUUAUAGUGGACCCAACUCACCUGGGUUUAUGAUGGAAAUCUUCAAUCAUAAUCAAUUGGUAUCACAGAAUUUGCUUUAUUCACUUUUGGAUCUUUAUGUAAUGGUUGAAAAGACUGGUACUUCAAGUCAAUUUUAUGAUAAGUUCAAUAGCAGAUAUCGGAUAUCAGAAGUGAUUGAAUGUUUGUGGAAUGGAGGUACUUAUAUUUACAGACAACAAUUGGUAGCCUAUUCCAAAAGUAGCAUUGAUUUCUUUGUUAGAUUUAUUGCUCGGAUGUUGAAUGAUACCACUUACUUAUUGGACGAAGCAUUUGAAUCCUUAAACAAGAUUCAUAUGUACCAGCAAGAAUUGAAGAGAAGAAACAGCGGUCAGGAGGAGAACACUGAAGAAUAUGGAACCACUGAAGAAUUGACUAAGAAGCUCCAUGAUUCAGAACGUAACGCAAAAUCAUUAAUGGGUUUGGCCAACAAGACCAUGGAAUUGUUCAAACUAUUCACCAAGGAAGUACCUGAAGGGUUUGUAUUGGACGAAUUAGUUGACAGAUUGGCCGGUAUGUUGGAUUAUAACUUGGGGAUAAUGAUUGGACCCAAAUGUUCUACAUUGAAGGUUGAAGCACCUGAAAAGUAUUAUUUUGAUCCCAAACGAACCUUGAGUGAUCUUUGUCUGAUUUAUUAUAAUUUGGCAAAGCAAGACAAGUUUGCGGUUGCGUGUGCGAGAGACGGAAGAUCGUUCCAUAUCGAGCUUUUCAGAAAGGCUGAACGGAUCUUAUCUACAAAGACAUAUGUUGAUUCCAUGGUGAUUCAAGGGUUCAUUCAAUUUGCCGAAAGAGCAGAACAGAUUCGACAAUCUGAAGAGGAUGAAGAAAUGGAAUUGGGUGAAAUUCCAGAUGAGUUUCUUGAUCCAUUAAUGUUCACGUUAAUGGAGGAUCCAGUAAUCUUACCUACUUCUAAAGUUAGUAUUGAUCGGAGUACGAUUAAAUCUCAUUUAUUGAGUGACCCUACGGAUCCAUUCAAUCGUUCACCGUUGAAAUUGGAAGAUGUUAUAGAAGAUGUUGAGUUGAAGCAACGUAUUUUUGAGUUUAAGAAAGGAAAAAAGUCACAUCCGAGUGAAGAUAUUGAAAUAAAUUAA